UGUAACCCCAACCUGCAGGUAUUUAAUGUGUUCAUCAACAACAUUGAUGAGAGGCUCCCAAGAAUCGCUUUAUUCUCAACACGAGCUAUCCGGAGCGGAGAGGAGCUCACCUUUGACUACAAGAUGCAGAUUGACCCGGUGGACACGGAGAGCACCAAGAUGGACUCCAGCUUCAACCUGGCGGGGCUCCCCGGCUCCCCGAAGAAGAGGAUCCGAGUGGAGUGUCGCUGUGGGUCCGACUCCUGUCGAAAAUACCUGUUCUGACAAAGGACUGGUAACACUGCCAUCUAUGGAGAGACGUUGAAAAUUGUACAGAUUUUUGUAUGAAUUUUUAUUUUGUUAUUGUCUAUGAAAGCCGGAAUUUAGCCAGAAACUUUUUAUAUGUGAAAUCCUCCAAUAUAAAAAUGAUCUAGAAUUUAAAAUAGAAACUGCAUCAGUGGAUUGAGUACUUAAAGAAACACAUUUUCAAUAUCUUACUAACAAAAUGGAUAGGUCAUCAUGUAGCUGCACAUGGCGAACGUCAUGUACACCGUCACCGCGGGAGAAGACAUUGUAACGAGGGCCAAAAAGACGAAACACGCAGAAGCAUGAAUGGGCCUUUAGGUGACGACAAACUUUGCAUUGUAAAAUUCUUCCACAGUUUGCAGAUCCAGUCUGGACCUUCUGAGCUUACUGUAGUACUAGUAAGUAUACGUCCAGAUUUGGUGUAUCG